AUGUCCCAAGGAGCCACAUAUGUUAAAAGAGUCUCCUUUGAUGAUUUAGCCCCAUCCUUUAUAGACGAUCAAAUUCAAUUAUUAAAGAAGGAGAAGAAAUUCAUUGGAUUUAACAAUCAAUUCAUUCAUGUCCCACCACAGUACAAUCCACUAUUUAACGGCUCAACUACGAGUUCGAGUGAUAUUUCACCCACAAACUCAAGAGAGGGCAGUGCUCAGCCUAAUACCUGUGACUUAAAUACCACUUCUGCUUCAAGUAAUGAUACAAAAAUUCAUAAUAUGUACAAUUCAUUGUUUGUAUCUCUUCCAGGUACUUCAUUGAAAAAGUCGAGUAGUCAUGAUGUUCUAAGAGAAAGGAGCAUUUCACCGUUUUAUAAUUCUGAAUUUAAAUCUAACAGGGCAAGAUUACCACCCCCACCAAAAAUUCCUUCUAUUAAGGAUAAACCUCGUUACGUUGAUGAACAAGUUGAGAUACAGGACGUUGAUAUCUCGAAUAUGGAUUUUAAUGAAGAAAAGGAAAUGGAGCACAUUACUAAUAGAAAUACAGUUGAUAAUUCAGGUUCUAGAAAAGUUUCUCAGGCUGCAUUCUCAAAUUUAAACGAAGUAGAAGAUAGAAUUAGCAAUUCGUCUAAGUUAAAGUUACCAAUUACAAAUAGUCAACCUGAUGGACCUCCCAAAAGAAAAUCAUUCGCUGGUAUGUCAUUAAAGGAAUUAGAAGAGUUAGAAUCAUCAUAUUCAGCAUUGGGUAGGUCGACGAAACAUGAUAUUAAUAACUUUGACUUUGGUAAACAAGAUACCUUAUUUAUUGGAAAAAUUAAGUCCAAAAAUUCACCAGCUUCCCUUAAUGCUAGUACGAAUUUUAAAGAUCCCUUUGCUGCAUUAUAUCCUUCUAGGCCUUCUGUUAAUCAUAGAGCUAUUAGUAUGACCGAGAUGCAUCGUGAUUACAAAGAAUAUAUAUCAAAUUCAAUUCACUCACCUAUUCAUCAUAUCAAAGACAAUUGUUCGAUAGAACAUACAAGAGGUCCAAGGGUAAUUCUUUGCUAUAUAUCUGGUAAAAGAUAUACUUGGUCUUCUGUAGAUUGGUUUAUUCAAAAUGAAGUGGCAGAUGGUGACCAUUUAGUUAUAGUGAGUACUAUUCCUGACUAUGAGGAAAAAAUCAAGCUUUCUUCAAUCUCUUCGUCAUCUUCAACAUCAUCAGUGAGAAAUUUAGGUUCAAAACCUAGUUAUACUUAUUCGAAUCCAAUGAAAGAUUUUCCAACGAGAAGAAAUUCAUAUGCUUCAAAAGAAGGCUCAUUAGAAAUUUCAGAAUCUUCUACAUUAUAUUCUUCAAAAGAUGCUUUAAAUAAUAUCCCAAACAGUAUGAGAUUGGAAGCAAUACAUGAUAGAGCUGUUCAGAAGGCAAACAAAAUUUUAAAGUAUUAUUCCUCAAAAUUACAAGAUAAAAUUAUUAAAGUUACUGUUGAAAUAAUCAAGGACUCUUCAAAAAAAGAUGCAUUAGCCAGGUCAAUUGCAUUAUAUAAGCCCGACUGGCAGAUUAUCAGUACGGUAAGUGCUAAUUUGCAAAUAAAGUUUAGAAAUGGAAAAGUAAAAUUACCAUUUUUCUUGAUGAAACAUGCAAUUACCCCAACUUGUGUUAUACCUUAUGAAUUUAUGGAUCCUGGCUUGGUAGAUCACAUUGAUGAACCUGAAAAGUUUACUAGGAAAUCCAUUGCUCCCCCAGACAAAAUGAAGUGGGUCAGUGAAACUAUCAAGAAAACCUUAAAUAAUCCAUAUUUGAGGCCCGAAUUAUCUACAGAUGGCACAGAUGCUAAAUCUUUUGAUAGUGUUGAGGAUGAAGACGACAUUGUUGCAGAUUCUAUUAAUGAAUACUAUCCAAUAACGCCAGAUAUACAAAGGAAAAUGGAUCUGUUCGAAAGGAUUGGUUAUGUUAGGCCAACACCAUGUCGUCAAGAAAACUUAUCUCCUGUAGACAGUGUUGAUGGUCGUAAGAUGGAACCAGUUACAUCGAGAAGUUCUGGUCGUAGUUCAAGAAUUCAAUUUCAGGAUGAUUGUAUGUAUAAGGUACGUUCACUUAUCCCAGAUUCUGAUGUUGAGCCACACACUGAUGAUAUGAUAAGGAAAACAAAAUCAUCUGUUGGACCAACCCUGCAUACACAGAGCUCUAAAACAAGCUCAAGUAGUAGUAAGCAUAACAAGUCAAAAGAAAGAAAGGCAAAUUUCAAACAAAGCUCUAGUCAACCAAAUAUGACCCAUCACUCGAAACAUAAUGUAUCAUCCAUUAAAGAUAAUAGAGAACGGAAUGAUACUAAAGAACAAGGUAAAGGGGGUUCAAAGAAAGGUUUUGGGUCUCUCUUCAAAAAGGUUUUCCAUUAA